AUGCUGCGCUAUAGCUGCAAUUCCCUCUCGGCGCUCUUCUCCAUACAUAUAACCACCCCAACUGCCCAGCAGGUUCUCAUCCCUGAGACUCUCUUGAAGAAGCGCAAGAGUCAAGCCAAGGAGAGAGAGGCAAGAGCCGCUGAGACCGAGAAGGUCAAGAAGGCCAACAAGGAGAAGCGUGGUGUCAUCUUCAAGCGUGCUGAGAAGUACGUCAAGGAGUACCGUGAUGAGGAGCGUGAGAAGAUCCGUCUUGCUCGUGUCGCCAAGCAAUCUGGUUCCUUCUACAUUCCAGCUGAGCCUAAGUUGGUCUUCGUUAUCCGUAUCAAGGGUAUCAACAAGAUCGCACCAAAGCCCCGCAAGAUCCUCCAGCUUCUCCGUCUUCUUCAAAUCAACAACGGUGUCUUUGUUCGCAUGACCAAGGCUACCCUCGAGAUGCUCAAGGUCGUCGAGCCAUGGAUCGCCUAUGGUUACCCCAACCUCAAGACCGUCCGUGAGCUCGUCUACAAGCGUGGUUACGGAAAGGUCGACAAGCAACGUAUUGCUCUCACCGACAACUCCAUCAUUGAGACCAACCUCGGCAAGUACGGUAUCGUCUGUAUGGAAGAUUUGAUCCACGAGAUCUUCACCGUUGGCCCCAACUUCAAGCAAGCUGCCAACUUCCUCUGGCCAUUCAAGCUCAGCAACCCAACUGGUGGUUUCCGCCCAAGAAAGUUCAACCACUACGUUCUUGGUGGUGACCUCGGUAACCGUGAGGAGAAGAUCAACGCUUUGGUCAGACAAAUGAACUAAAGCUGGUGAUGGGACUGGGGAUGUUUUUCUUUGGCUUAGCGUUU